CUUUCAGUCUCUCCUGUUUGUCUUUCGCUGCUCUUGCCAUGCACUGCCUGUAUAGCUCCUUCUUCAUUUUCAUUUGAUUCUCUAUAUGACAUUUGGCCGAACUGCUACGCGGGCCAGCAAAUAUGCAUACCUUCUCGCGACAUCUUCCUAACAUAACAUCUUCCUGAUAGCCUCCCCAAACUAUAUCCCAAUCCUCCGCGCUCAAGAUGAGUUUCCUGGGCGACAUUGUCAAUUCUAUUGGCAGCGAAAAGGCUCCAGCGCCGCCCAAGCCUCCAGUGCGACCGAUCAGUACGAACUCACAUCGCUCUCCCGCUGAUGGAAAGCUCGGGUCGCGCUCUGGGCUCCCAGCUGCCCCUUCGCCACUCAACGGUGUAAAGCGGAAAGCUGAAGAUCAGUCUACAAAAUUGGCUGGCAAGCACAUCAGACCGAAUCCUACACCUGGCUUGACUAGCAGUGUCGCCAGACGUCCAGCUGCCCCUCCUCUCAAUGCGCCGAAAGCAUCAAAUGGAAAAGAAGCCCCAGUGUCCAGACCGAAAAUCGACGCUGCUAUCAGCGCUAUCAAGGCCGGCUCUACGCCCCCUGGAACACCAAUCAGUGCUACUGCAAAAGUUCCGGCGAAGGGCUCCUAUGCCGACAUCAUGGCCAGAGCCAAACAAGCGCAGGAGGCGAGAAUGCAGAGCCAGGUGGGCAUGAUCAAGCAUCAGGCAACCAACAGAGAGAAAGUGUCCAAAGUGGCUGAGAGAAGACGUCAGGAGGAAGAGAAGGCGAAAGCUGCAAAGGCUAAACCUGGUGAACGUCCUCUCAUGACGAAACGCGACAUGUCCCGCAGCCUUAGUCCCGCGAAGAAAGGAGACCAACCUCGAGUUGCCAAGGCGCCACGGCCGCCUCUUCAUGCUCCCGCAGCAUCCUACAAGGGCACAAUGGGCCUCACUUCGAACAGAUCACAAAAGCAAGCUCAGCGCAAGCGGAACAAAUACGAUGAAUAUCUCGCGACGGACGAGGAAGACAAUUCGGACGAAGGCAGCGACGGAGUGGACGAGGAAGAAAACUAUGCGUCUGACGUUUCAUCUGACAUGGAAGCCGGAGCAUUUGAGCUCGACGAAGAAGAGACCAAGGCUCUGAGAGCUGCAAAGGAAGAGGAUGCCCGGGAAUUGGCUCUGGAGAACAGUCUGAAAAAGGAAAAGGAAGAGCGAAAAAAGAGACUGCUUGCCAUGGCUAACAAGCGGAAGUAGUAGUCACCAUCUGUAUCAACGGUUCUGACUUUGGUAUCGCUUCUGAUAUUUUAGCAUCGGUGUUGGCGGGGUUUGCAUAGCGAAGAGAUUUAGUCACUCAGGCGUCAGAAAUACAAGGCAUUUAUCAUUUUGGACUUGACAACGACGGCAGCACUUACAGAUCAUAUAGGGGAUAUGAACCAUACUUCGCAGCCUGAAG